AUGUCAUUAAUUCCGUCGUCAGUUCGCUCACCACAAGUGCACAAGCCAUCCCCUCGCAUAGUGAACUCGCCGCAGAGCCUUCCUCAGCUCAUCUAUGGCGCUACCGGUGCCGCUGCUAGCGCCCUCGCCGUCGCGGCAUACCGUUUCAGGACCAGCGGUGGCGCGGGUGGCGUUGGCAUACCGCCCGCAGCUCACAGUGGCUACGAGACAAACAGCAGCCGUAAUGAGUUGGCACAAGCCCAUCAGCGGCACGCUCAUCCAAUGCCAUCACUGACUCAAGCUCACCCAUCAACGGCAGGUUCAGCUAGACCACCCCAGGAGCUACAGCAAGCUUCGGCUGACCCGCUGGUGACGCUGCCAACUGCAGCUGCGACGAACUCGUCUAGUGACGGCCCAGCUGUCGCAGAUCAUGUUCAUUCCAGCCCACAGGGCCAGCACGAGCCACAACAGAUCACACCGAUUAGGGUUUCCCCCGUAGACGAGGGCUACACUGUUGCUGUUGCUGCCCCGCCUCCCUUGAGCGUGCUACCGCCAUGGGUGCGGCUGGACUUUACAGCCUUUACGGGCGGGAGCUUUUCGGUAGAUACAGCACCCGUCGCCGGGGGCAACGCGGGCGGCACUCAGUGGGGGAUCAUCGCAGUUGAGGAUCGGAUUGCCACACCGCGACCCACUCAAGGGGAGCGCAUAAGAGACGGUGCAUCGCUCUCGUACCUGCGCAGGCAGAAGCAAAUGCUACGCGAGCACCACUCAGUUCCACCUCAAGCCAAUAUGGCCGCUGACGGGGUCUUAACCACAGCGGAUGCAUCCAGCCUCGCCUCUCCGCCUCUGUUUGAGUGGGUGCCAUACGAUGGCUGGGAUAUCAGCGACCUCUGUCAGGGACAAGGGGGCGGGUACUGCAGACGAGAUGCCCUGGGCCAGCAGCACCGUGUCACGCAUCGACUUCGUCAUGGUGACCUGUCAGAACCCUUAGGGACGAUGGAAUCCGGCACAACCAUUCCUGGGGAGACACAGAGCCCAGGGGGUGCUGGUAGUGCAGUGAUACGAGUCAGAGUUAAUGCCAAUCUCGCGACUGCCUCGCCGCAACGCACUGCAGGAAUUUCUGGCGAUGAUUUAAAUGCCCCUCAGAGAGGUCUACAGCAGCAGCAGCAGCACCGGGACCAGCAGAAAGUCGCUGCACCGGCGGGGGCCGACACGCCGCGUGGUUGCCGCGCCGCACGCCUCGCGGAGAACAUGGGCCGGGGCAAGUGUGGUGGGGGUAGCGAUACCGGAGGUCGUAGGCACAAAGACUUCGCCACAACCUUUGCGGUAUCCCCACCCCCACCGCCACUCUUGUCCACCGCUAUCGCACGGGGCGCCUCCCCGUUAUCGCGCUUGCAGCGUCAGCACACCAUGGCGACGGCGCCGCCGCCCUCUGUGGUCUUCUCCGAUGCGGUAGAAGCAGCAGCCGCUGCGCGCCGUACCAGCACCGGCGUCUCCGGCCCCCUUUUUCGCCCUAUCGAAGCUAUGAUGCGCAAGGCGCUGCCGAUUUCGCGCGCAGGUUUCUCCUUCCGUGCCUGCAGCGUAUAUACCGGCGUACGAUCUGACGGGACGUUGUCCAUCAUAAUGCUGGAGGAGUACCCCGGCUACCCGGAAUCUACGCCAACGCAACCCUCACAGGCAAAGACAUCGUCUCUUGCAUUCCUCGCUACAGCCACAGAGGGCGCACCCACCGUAGCGAGCGUGCAAGAGGUCCACCACGCCACCUCGUCCUUUGGGCCACAGGUACGGCAGGACUCGACAUGGCCACCACCCACAGCGUCGACAGAGCAUCCAGUCCUUUCAUCGUCCGUGGAGACUGACAUCUCUCUCCAGUUGCCUGCCACAGUGCCGCAGUCUGCUGCUGCCGGCGUGGCGGGUGCGAAAUACCCUACCGAUCUUCUUCAGGAUCCCACAGUCACUGGCGGUGUGGUCAACGAGGGAGCUGCUGUCAGUAACCCCUUUGUUGGCCUCACAUUUGGUUCUCCUUGCGUUCCGCCGAUUUCUAAGCUACCUCCGCUGCCAGACGGUGGCGGACCAUCGUAUGCGACCUUAGGAGAUAGAGCUCGUCCCACUCGCCUCGGUGCCGUUGUGGCAACAGCUAAUCCCGCCGCGGAGGCUCACGGGCUUUGUCGGCCGGUGGAGCUUGAGGGCGACGACUCGCCGACGCGAGCUGUGAUGGUGGCAGGGUCGAUGGCUGCCUUGCGGGGGAAGAGCGUAUCCUCGGUUUCAUCAGGCGGUGAAGGUGACGGUCAGGGACGCUGGUUUCCGCUGGGGCUCUGCGCUCUUUCCGUUGCCGCCCGGUAGCCGCCGGCGCCUUGGCGUCUGUGUCCCCUUUUGGGUGGCAGCGGUGCCGCCACUCGGGCGGAGGGCGCUGCCAGCACGAGGAUGCCUGCAUUUGCAGAGCAGACGCACCUGGCUGUCUGCGAUAGGGGCUCUAGGUGUGGCGCGGUGCCAGCGGUAGCGAACACCGCAUGGAUGACGCACAUGACGGGCGCGGCGACUGCUGGACCCAAGCCCCUUUCUGCACCAGUCCGCGUCAUGCCCUCUCUCACUCCAUUCAACCCAACGGAGUCGCCCUCGGCAGGAACCACCAGCACAUCUCUCUCCGCCCCUCGGAGCGUCAAGAGCGAUGGUGGUGGCAGCGAUCGUCAACGCAACCGUCAACCGACGAAGCCGCUUCUACCUGCCUGGUGCCACGUCGUUGCAGAGGUCCUCCUCGCUCCGCCGCUGUCACCACCACCACCACCACCACCACCAAAGCUCUGUAGGCCGGGCCAGCGCCAGCCCACCUUCUCCGGCACCACGACGACGACUGUGAUGAGCGACAUUGACAGUCGAAUGUGGAGUGCCGAGGCGCGAGGCGGAGCGCCGAUUGGCUGGUCCGCGAAGUUCGUCACGGCGGCUGAGCGGGCAUCGGCGACUCAACGCACUGCUCUAUCCGUGUCCGCAGUUGCCAAUCACCGGGGGAUGGGAGGAGUGGAGCAGCAAGAGGAGGUCGUCACACCACUGUUGCCUUCUUCCCUAUCGCCGCCGUGCCAGAGUGCCGACCCUGGGGUGGACGCGUUUGGUAACAUGGACCCCACCGAACCCCAACACCCUCCACCAGUACCCCUCAAAGCGACGAUGCCGGCCCCACUACCACUGGUGUCCAACAGUAAUGAGCUUGACGGCGUUGGCGGCGGCCGUGGCGUCGUGCGGGUCAUAACGAAGGGGUCCACCGUGGACUUUGAUGCCUAUGAUGCGCCUCACACGUACACGCAGGCACUUCUGGAAGUGAACACCACAGACACUAUCACUACAACCAAGACGAAUGCCAUGGGAUCUGGACAUAUUGAAGCAGCAGCUACUGCCGACUCAGCUGCGGCGGCGGCCACACGGGAGCGAGCGUGCACAUCCAACCUUCACCUCUCCACCUCCGCCACACUGUGCCGAUUUCGAGACUACCAUCAGCACAGGCGCGCGGGAGCGAGAGGCGCCGUUGCUAAUUCAGAGGUCGAUGCUCGUGGUGCUGGUGUCAGUGCUCCCAUUGCUGCCGUGGCGACCACAGUUGCAGAAAGCACAAAGAACAAUCCGGACGAUGACUGGGCGCCGAAUUGCAUUCGUGCUUGCGUUGGCGAUUCCUCAGCAUUGCCAACUCGAUUUCAUGCUGCCGGCGCAGCAAGGGAAAAGUGGGGCAGCCGCACGAGUACAAUCGCUCGUAGUAUCGAGACUGCAGGGCUGUUACCGCACUCUGAAGCCGCGUGGCGGCAUACACGUAUAUGUGGUCUUCCCAUCUCAACCUCGAGCCCUGCAGUGGUGCGGCCGACGAUGCUGGCUCCCGAUGGCACUGAGCUCGUUGUGCAGGAGCACGCGAACGAGCACCCACCCCAACGGCGCCACAGUCAGGUGGGUUACAAUACAGGCGCCACUGCUGCCGCCUUCGGCUACUCAGCUCACAAGAACGACGCCUACAUUAUGAGUGAAUGUGCCAACGCCGGAUCUCUGCGCGUUGGUGACGUUGCGAGCGCAUCGCCCAACGCGGCUAUGGCAACCUCAUCAGGCAUGCUCGGCAGACCGGCUUCAGUGAUGCGACUCACUGUAACUAUGAGAUCCUCAAACGUGCCGGCAGGGGCAGACGGUGAGGCCAGGGGCGGCGACGUAGUCCACCCCUUAGGUUUUGUGAACACUAGCCAGAGUCAACGCUUCAAGGACGUAGACAGACUUGGUUCUCCGCCCAUUCACGCAGAGAACAGACCGUUGUUUCCCACGCUGCCGGCGUCAAUCGAAGCCGUUCCCAUAUCCGCCUCCCCGCUGGCGUCGCCUCUGCCGAAUCGUCUGCAAAAACAGCCGUCACGGGGCUCAUCUAACGUCGUGAAGUCGAGGGCUGUGAGCCGUGUACCAACAAAGCCACUUGCACAGCACCCCUCCAAGUUGAGGCGUCCAAGAGGGCAUACAGCAGGGUGUGAUGUGUGA